AUCGCGCACGAGCGCCUCGCGAUCAUGGACCCCGAGAGCGGCGCGCAGCCGUUGUUCGCGGCCGCGCAGCGCGGCCCCGACGGGACGGUGACCGUCGAGGAGGCGUCGGUCAUCGUCGCCGCCAACGGCGAGAUCUACAACUACAAGGAGCUCUACGCGGAGCUCGCGGCCGACGGCUUCGCCUACGCGCCGAAGACGGGCUCCGACUGCGAGGUGCUCAUCCCGCUCUACCUCAAGUACGGCCUCGAGGGCGCCUGCGCCAAGCUCCGGGGCAUGUUCUCCUUCAUCCUCUACGACCAGCGCACGGGCUUCUACGGCGCCGCGCGCGACCACAUCGGCAUCACGAGCCUCUACAUCGGCCGGGGGCCGGACGGGACCGUGUGGAUCGCGUCCGAAUUGAAGGCCAUGGCCCGCGACUGCCCCUCGCUCGAGCAGUUCAAGCCCGGCCACUGCUGGCGCUCCGACACCAAGGACUUUGUCGAGUGGUACGCGCCGGCGUGGCGCGCGCUCGAGGGUUUGCCGGCGGCGCCGUGCGACUACGCGAAGCUCCGCGAGGCCUUCGAGAAGGCCGUGGAGCGCCGCAUGAUGUCCGACGUGCCCUGGGGCGUGCUGUUGAGCGGCGGGCUCGACUCGUCGCUCGUGGCGUCCGUGGCCCAGCGCUUCCUGAAGAAGAAGGUCGCGGCCGGGGCCGGCCAGUGGAUGUCGGCGCUCCACUCGUUCUCCGUGGGUCUGGUCGGGUCGCCGGACCUCGCCGCGGCGGCCAAGGCCGCGGACCACAUCGGCACGAUCCACCACCCCUACACCUUCACGCUCCAGGAGGGCCUCGACGCCAUCGCCGAGGUCGUGCACCACCUCGAGACGUACGACGUCACGACGAUCCGCGCGGCGACGCCCAUGUUCCUCAUGGCGCGCAAGAUCAAGGCCAUGGGCGUCAAGAUGGUGCUGAGCGGCGAGGGCGCCGACGAGAUCCUCGCGGGCUACCUCUACUUCCACAAGGCGCCCGACGCCGGCGAGCUCUUCGCGGAGCUCAAGGACAAGGUGAAGCAGCUCUACAUCUACGACUGCCUCCGCGCGAACAAGUCGACCAUGGCCUGGGGCGUCGAGGCGCGCGUGCCCUUCCUCGACGCCGACUUCCUCGACGUCGCCAUGUCCAUCGACCCGCGGGAGAAGAUGAUCGACGUCAAGUCGGGCCGCAUCGAGAAGUACAUCCUCCGCAAGGCCUUCGACGUGCCCGAGGACCCCUACCUCCCCAAGGAGAUCCUCUGGCGCCAGAAGGAGCAGUUCUCCGACGGCGUCGGCUACGGCUGGAUCGACGCGCUCCGCGACCACGCCGAGGCCCACGUCAGCGACCACCAGUUCUCCGUCGCGCCGCACCGCUUCGCGUACAACACGCCGCGGACCAAGGAGGCCUACUACUACCGCCAGAUCUUCGACUCGCUCUACCCGUCCCUCGCCGCGGCCCAGACCAUCCCCGAGGGCAAGUCCAUCGCGUGCUCGACCGAGCGCGCCUUGAAGUGGGACGCU